AUGAUACGGAUUUUAGAAAGAUGCCUAAGGUCGUUUGUCUGCUUCUUAUUUUUCAUACUAGUAAUUUACAAUAGUGCACUUCUUUUUCAAGAAUUUUUACAACCUUUAUUUAACCCUGAUAUCAACGCCAAAGAACUAUGUUCAGAUUGUACCAAUACUCUUGGUUUUGAACAUAUUUACGUUAUUAAUCUUGACUUUAGGAUAGAUAGACGUAAAAAAAUGGAAGCCCUAGGAAAUUAUCAUCAUCUGAAUCUCGAUAUUAUCAAAGCCAUUAAUAAACAUGAUACUGUAGCACUUAGCAGACUUAAUAACAGUAAUUUAGAUAACGGUGUUAAGGCAUGUUAUCUAAGUCAUUAUACAAUCUUCGAAUCAAUCGUCAAGAAUGGAUAUGAAAGUGCUUUAAUUCUUGAAGAUGACGUAGAUAUGGAACUUAAUAUUACCAAUAUUAUGACUGAAGUUCAUCAUAAUUUACCUAAUAAUUGGGAUAUGCUGUAUCUUGGUCAUUGUGCUGUGUACGGCAACAGAUACUUCCAAACCAAUUUAACUGUUCACGUACUUCAUACAUCGGGACAUCCACAGUGUUUACAUGGUUAUGUCGUUUCAGCCGAAGGUGCCAAGAAAUUAGUAGAAAAACUUAACAUAGAUAACCCAAACGAUCGCAUCGAUAUGGAUAUACCUGCCCUUAUUAUAAAUGAAGAAAUCAUUAGCUAUUCAAUUUAUCCACCGAUCGUCGUACAGUUUAAAGGUGUGAAUGAUUUCUCGGAUGUUUCUCCUACAAUAGACGGAGUCGGAACCGGAACCUAUCCUUUAAUGAACUCUACCUUACGUUUUCUUGGAUACGAUCCAAAUGUCAAAGAUCCAAAUACCUUAAAUAUUCCACAUCAUUAA